GUUUGCCUGGCCUUCCCGGGUUUUAACCCUGAGUGUAAGCAUCUGGAAUCUGUUCCUGCUAACCAGCAUUUCACCAGGCUGUUUGCCUUUUGGCUGGCACAGGCAAUUCACUGCCAGCGCAAAUCCAGUUUAUUCCUUGAGGCGAGGUGUGUGUGGAAAUAUAGAAAUAAAUCCAGGACUUUGCUGUAUGUGCUCUGUUGUAAAGGGCCGAGAGCUCAAUUUGCAGUGUAACCUGGGGAAGAGAGGGGCUGUUUUCCCUUAUGUGCAGUGGUGGUUGAUUUACCUGGUGUUCUGGCAACGGCUAACUGCAGCUGCUAAUCAGUCUCCACCCUGCAGUGAUUUUCCAGAAACUCAGGUGUGAAUCCCAGACUGAAUUCUGGCCCCUUCCUUUGGGAUUUUUAACAAUAAAACCCCACUUUUGAAGUCUCUUUAUGAAGAAGGGCAGCUGUAACGUUUACUCCCGAAGGGCUGCUUUUGCAUCAGCUUUGGUUUCUUUCAGCUCCUCUUGUUCUCUUUGGAGGGGAGGAGGAAAACCCAGAGAGAAUCCGCUAGGGAAACAACCGUGUCUUUGUAUUGUCGAGAGUGUGUGCGGGAUCCCGGGCCGGGGGUGAGCUCCACUAGAGCUGGGAGGAAGAAGUAAACAAUCAAUGGAGGCAUUUAAGAGGCAGUUUGAGAAGCACAGGUGCUGAAUGAGCCACUGUGGGAGCUCUCCAGCUGCUAGCACUUGAGGACUGGAUUUGUUGUUUUAGCCCUGGGUCCCUUCCCCUGCCGAGUUCCCACACUAGGGCAAUAGCUGCGGGAGCUUUGUAAGUCUGUCCAGCACCAAGAGCUGCUGGGACCCUCUUGGCUGCCAAGCUGACUGGACCCUGAGUAGUGCUAAGUGCCUCUGUUAAUGGGAACUGAAGCCACUCAGCACCUCCCUGGAUCCAGCCCUUUCUCAAGAUCUGACCUGUGUGAACUGGCCCAUGAGUCCUGAGCCCACCAUUCAAGCACGAGGAGCUGCUGCCUGGUUGUCCAGUUGAAAAAGGAGCAGGGCUCCCUCUGAGCACCAGCUGUUUCCGCCCUAAUGGAGGAAGCUUUUCGCUUGGCUUUGUGUGUGAUGAUGGGUCUGCUGCUCCUGCGGGGAUCGCGCCUGGCAGGAGCUAUCGAGACUGGAAACGCUGUCAGUAAGGGCAGCGAUGAGGAAGGAGAAGGGGCCGCGGAUCCGCAGACGCUGACUGUCACAACAAUCCUGCAAGACCCCUAUGCGAUGGCAAGAGGCGCAGAGCUGGAGGGCUACUGCCUAGAUCUGCUGGAUGCACUCGCCAAGAUGCUGCACUUCAACUACAAGGUGACGAUCGUGAAAGAUGGCCGCUACGGGGCGGUCUCCUCCGGCGGGAACUGGACCGGGAUGGUCGGCGAGAUCGUCAGACAGGAAGCAGACCUCGCUGUGGCUCCCUUGACGAUCACGUCAGCGAGGGACGAGGUGAUUUCCUUCACCAUGCCAUUCCUGGCCACGGGGAUUGGGAUCCUGUUCAGGAAGGAGGCUGCCUCCCAGGGUGCCUCUCUCUUCGGCUUCCUCGCUCCCUUCAGUAAGGAGACCUGGACUGGCGUGAUGGUUGCUUACCUGCUGACCUGCCUCUGCCUGUUUCUUGCAGCCAGGCUGAGCCCCUGUGAAUGGAAGGAGCCCAAGCGUGAGGAGAACCACUUCACCUUUCUGAACAGCCUCUGGUUUGGAGCGGGAGCUCUGACCCUGCAAGGUGCAGCACCUCACCCCAAAGCGCUGUCCGGGCGAAUCAUUGCUGCCAGCUGGUGGCUCUUCACCAUCUCUCUGCUGGCUGCCUACAUUGCCAAUUUCACCGCCUUGCUGCGCUCUGGGAACGAGCCGCUCCCGAUCCAGACUUUUGAAGAUCUCGUGAAGCAGAGAGAGAUCGAGUUUGGGACAGUAGAAGGUUCCAACACGUUUCAGUUCUUCAAGAACUCCAGGAAUCCCAUCCAUCAGAUGAUCUACGAGUACAUGGACAAGAGGAGAGACCACGUUUUAGUCAAAAACUACCACGAGGCAGUUCAGCGUGUGCUGGAAUCGAAUUACGCCUUCAUCGGGGAAUCCAUAUCCCAAGACCUUCUCGCAGCCAGGCACUGCAAUUUGAUCAGGGCCCCCGAGGUCGUUGGAGCGAGGGGAUUCGGCAUCGCUACAGCAAAGGGAUCACCAUGGGCCAAUAAACUCUCCCUUGCUGUCCUGAAACUGGGCGAAUCAGGCAACCUGGACUAUCUGCGUAACAAGUGGUGGGAGACCACCUGUUUCCAUAAGGGCCCAGACACGUGGAGUCCUCUGAAACCCCAAGCCAUGGGUGGACUUUUCCUGGUUCUUGCGAUCGGCCUCGCGCUGGGAGUGAUUGUGGCUUUGGUGGAGUUGUCAAACCGGAGCCGACGUGCUGCUGAACGGGAGAAGAAAUCUUGCUGCUCUGGUCUCAUCGAGGAGCUGAGUCAUCGGUUCAGAAUAAAAGAAGGUGCAAGAGAGAAUCCAGAAAAGGUUAAACCAUAAGAAGCUCUUUGGGGAGUGGAGUCUCAGUAUUAAUCAAUUUCUUUCCUACUGUGUGUAUUCACUAGUAGCUGUUUCUCUGCACUGGCACUAUCUCUCUGUACGCCUAGAGUGUAGCUUCCCUAGCACUAGGAAAGGUCAGUCUCUAUAACGAUUGAACCGCAUGCAGAGAACUACAGAGCUCAGAGGACUGAUUCCAGAUCCUAGCAGCUCUAGAGCGCUAAAUUCAGUUUAGCGCUGAUGACUGAAGAUGUCAGCAUCUGAUGGCUGUUGGAUGGUUUUAUGUAGGCCACCCCAGCUCAAAGGUUGAGGACUGAGCAAACGUGGCGAGUGAGCACCUCAUUCAUACAAGGUUCUGUCUACACUGGACUUGUCGGUGUGGCUGCAGCACCUAACAGUAGCAGCGAAGCCUUAGCAGCACGAGCCGGAUAGUGCCCCCUGCUGCUGGGUAUGUUUUGAAGCAAUUAGCCCAUGUUGCCACAGUUUCACUUCUCUUGUUAUUUGAACUAGCUUGGGUAUGUCUGUGCGCCACAGUCACACCUGACUGCCGUGUAGACAUACCCUUAGCAUAUGGCGGCACUGCAGCUGGGGACGUGACUGGCAGCUUGUGUAGGGUAAGCUAGCUCGAGUACCAGCUAGCACAGGUCUGGCUACAGGCUGGGCCAGGCCUGCCCUCGGCUGCAGGGUAGACGUACCUUUAGAAGUGGACCCUGCAGCUCAGAGUUGAGGCACAUAAGCAACAGCUGCUGAUGCAUCUCUGCACUGUCCCCUGGGCUGUACCUGCUCUGUGACAAAGCAGAGGAUUGUGGCUGUCAAGCCAGCAACUUCCAUCAGUGGUAAUUGCUCAAAACUGGAGCUGCAAGUGAAGGGGGAUCAGUGUGAAUAUUCUAGAACCAAGCGUAGGAGACUAGAAUGAGACUUUAAGACCAGCAUAAGAUAGAAUGAGCAGCAUUUUCCACGGUGCUGCCUAGGUUCCCGCCUGCCAUUUUUCAGGAUGACAAAGAUCAUGUCUGUACAGAGCUUUGAAUACUGAAAAUGAAACAAGUAUCAAAGAACAGCUUUGCUGGACAAAAUACACUUAUUCGGCUCCAGAGCAUGGGAACAACUGUAUUAAAAAGCAAACUGUGACAUUUAGCUUUUAAGUUAAUGCAGCUGCUUGGCACCUGCCAAUGUUCAUCAGUAUAACUUCCUCCCAGUGAGAUUUCAAAACAAGUCUGCUAGCCAGGAGCAUGUUGAAGGGCACAGAGGUUGAGAUUCACUCCCAUGCAAAACUUCCAGUCUCGGGUUCCUAGGUCUCACUCACCUACCACACAAAGGUGAGUUUUUCCCAGUGAAAAUGUAUUGGCAUCAGCCUAUUUAAUAAUAAAAAAAAAAAAAAAAAAGGGAGGGGGAUGCAAAUCUUGCUGCCUGCAGUUUUCGAAUUGAAUGACUCAGUAUCAGCCACCUGCGGAAAGAGUGACUGCAAUGAAAUAUGAACAGCUUCAGUUAUGCUGAGCUUGAAGUAGCUAAAAUGAGGUAAAUCAACUAAAAUAACCUGGCUCUUAAACCAGCAGGGCCAAUUUAAAGGGUCCCAGCUUAACUAAUGUGUGAUCAAACAUUGCACUGCACUGUUAUUACGCUUGGUUUCUGAGAGCUUUCGUUGCCUUUCAGAAGAUCUGGGCUUGGUGGCAUGUUACACAGCAUAUGCAUUGCCCUCCUGUCUAUACUGCCUUGUAUCUGUUGCUAGUUUUGCUUGGGUGUAGUGGGAAAGGGUAAAGAGGCAGAGUCAGUUUCAGUAACAUAUUGAAUAUUGGCAACUGCAAAGCUUGAGAAACCUGCAUUGCCUUGUAGCAGCAAAAACACCUGGAGAGAGUAUCUUUGCCCCUGGCAACUAAGAGUUCUGUCAAAGUGUAAGGGAUGCUAAAAACGCUAGAGGUACAGCCUGAUCACUUGGUUGAAGUUACUUAAGGACAUGUUUAAUCCCGGCUAUUAUAGAGUAGGAAUUUUCAAAUUAAACAUUCAAUGAUACUGUCCAUGUGGUUUGUUUUGGUUGAAUGAUAUAAGGGAUCUAAUCUAAUGGAGAAUAAAGUAUGUGGUGAUCUCCAUCUACCCCCGGAACGGUAAGAGCCCUUCACCUACUGUUUGGCUGGGUGGUGAGGGAAGAAUAAGGAUGUUGACUAUGGUUCAUAUUCCCGCUCUGGCUUAGUGUGCAAAUAUAUGGCGCUUUAGGGGGAGCGCAGACUCCUGUGCCGAGACUAUCCCUCCUCUUGUAAGAAAUAAGCUAGUGCUUUAAUACAAGGCUGAGAGCCACAUAGCAAAUGCCAUUUAAAACAAAACUAUGAAAGCUUGUCACCACUGCAAAGGUAACCAGUCCGCCCACUUAAAAAAAAAAAAGUUGUUUGAAAAAGAGCAUGUGACUAAAUUAAAUUAGUUCAUGACAAGUUGACUCUGCUCUUUCAUCCCAGCGCUUGUUGGGACCUGUUAAGUAGAAGUAGCAGGGUUGUACUCAGAGUCCCUUCUGAAUGUCAUAUUCAUAUAGCCUGCAGCAGCAGGAUGGCCUGGGGGGGUCUAGGCACUGGCCUGGCAUUUCUGUCUCAGCCGUCUACUUCCCCUCUCAUGCAGUUGGUUGGUUAAAAAAAAAAAAAAAUUUUUUUUUUAGCUACUAGUUGCAACACAGGAGUGGGUGUGUAAGUACCCCCGAGAGAGUUACGUGGAGUUGGAAUGCAAUAGGAUACUGCUGCUAUAUUUAAUGUUUUUGCAGUGAAAGUCAGUGAAGGAUCUGGAGUACACCUCUACCUCAAUAGAACGCUGUCCUCAGGAGCCAAAAAAUCUUACCGUGUUAUAUUGAACUUGCUUUGAUCCACUGGAGUGCGCAACCCCCCCCGAAGUUCUGCUUUACUGUGUU